CAUUCCCCGGCAGGCAGCGAGUGUGGCGGCGAUGAAACAAAGGCAGGUCGGGCUCGGCGCCCCCGGCGGCUGUAACGGAAGCAGCGGCGAGAGAGAAGGCAGGAUGGCGGGGCCCAGGCAGAGGAGGAGGCGCCGCCGGGGAGGGGGAGCGGCCGGUGGGGAGGAAGGCAGCCCGGCCACACGACAGUACCAGCAGGCCGGGCCUCGCCGGGAGGAGCCCCGGAGGGAUCCCGAGGAGGAAGAGGACGGAGAAGAGGAGGACGAGGAAGAAGAGGAAGAGGAGGAGUGUGAGGGGGAGGAAGAGGACGGCGACGGUGACUCCAUGGCGGCGUCAGGGGCGGCCGCUCCGCUGGCUCAGGCCCGGAGGAAGGACGGAGGCCCCGUCACCAAGUACUGGGAGAGCCCGGACACUGUGGCCCAGCUGGACGGCGUGAGAGUGUGGGUGCUGAAGAACUACAAGAAGUAUGUGCAGGCGGAUUCUCCAACCAAUAAAGCUCUGGCCAUUCUGGUCUCCCAACUCCUGCAGUUCCAGGAAGAUGCGUUCGGACGUCACGUCACCAACCCGGCCUUCACCAAACUGCCUAUCAAAUGCUUCUUGGAUUUUAAAGCAGGUGGUGCCCUGUGUCACAUACUAGGAGCUGCGUACAAGCACCGGAGCGACCAGGGAUGGCGACGGUUCGAUUUGCAGAAUCCUUCUCGGAUGGAUCGCAACGUGGAGAUGUUCAUGGCUAUUGAGAAGACACUGAUGCAGAACAACUGUCUGAGCCGACCGACCGUCUACCUCGUCCCUGAAAUAGAUCUGAAGCUGGGCAAUAAACUGAAGGACAUAGUGAAGCGGCAUCAGGGUACAAUCACAGAAGAGAAAACGAAAGCCUCGCACCAUGUCCACCCUAUUCCUACCUCAUUGGAUGAUGAUGAGUGGCUGAGACCUGUUGUGAAAAAGGAUAAACAAGUUCUGGUGCAUUGGGGUUAUCACCCAGACAGCUACGAUUCCUGGAUUCCUGUUACAGAUCUGGAUGUGGAUAUUGAGGAUCCGCCAAUCGCAGAGAAACCUUGGAAGGUUCAUGCAAAAUGGCUGCUGGAUACAGACGUGUUCAAUGAGUGGAUGAACGAGGAAGACUACGAGAUCGACGAGAACAAGAAGGCGACCAGCUUCCGGCAGAGGAUCUCACUAAAGAGCGAUGAGGCCGUUAGGAGCCCUGAGAGGAAAGACCGAAAGUCUGUGGGUGCCCCAAAGAAAAGGAAGCGCUCUCCUUCUCCACAGACGCCUUCUGAAUCCCGCAAGAAGCCAGGAAAAAAGGGUCAAGGAGGCGCGUAUGGCAAACGGAGAUGGCAGAAGGAGGAGGAUGAGCAAGAGGAUCUGACAAAGGACAUGGAGGACCCCACACCUGUCCCCAACAUGGAGGAGGUCAUCCUCCCCAAAAAUGUGAAUCCAAAGAAGGACAGUGAGCAUACACCGGUGAAGGGUGGAAUAGUGGCUGACCUGGACGAGCAAGAGGAGGAGGCUGUGACCGCGAGCGGGAAGGAAGAUGAAGAUCCGAGUCGAGGGGACCAGAGCCGGAUGAUGGACAACGGGGAAGAUAACGUGACGGAACAGACGAAUCACAUCAUCAUCCCUAGUUACGCCGCGUGGUUUGACUAUAACAGUAUUCACGUCAUCGAGCGCCGGGCGCUUCCAGAAUUCUUCAACGGGAAAAAUAAAUCAAAGACACCAGAAAUAUACUUGGCGUACCGCAACUUUAUCAUAGACACUUACCGGCUGAACCCUCAAGAGUAUCUCACCAGCACUGCGUGUAGGAGAAACCUAACUGGGGACGUCUGCGCCAUCAUGAGAGUCCAUGCCUUUUUGGAGCAGUGGGGUCUUGUGAAUUACCAGGUGGAUGCAGACUCCCGCCCUAUGGCGAUGGGACCUCCCCCUACACCCCAUUUUAACGUUCUGGCAGACACCCCAUCCGGUCUGGUGCCUCUUCACAUGAGGACCCCACAGGUGCCCGCUGCUCAGCAGAUGUUGAAUUUCCCCGAGAAAAACAAAGACAAGCCGACCGAUCUCCAGACCUUCGGGCUCAGAACAGACAUUUACUCCAAGAAGACUUUGGCAAAGAGCAAAGCCGCCAAUGCUGGGAGAGAAUGGACAGAACAGGAGACUCUGCUUCUCUUAGAGGCGCUGGAAAUGUACAAAGAUGACUGGAACAAGGUGUCGGAGCACGUGGGGAGCCGCACUCAGGACGAAUGCAUUCUUCACUUCCUCAGACUUCCCAUCGAGGACCCGUACCUGGAAAACUCAGACUCUUCCCUUGGACCUCUGGCCUAUCAGCCGGUUCCCUUCAGCCAGUCUGGCAACCCGGUUAUGAGCACAGUCGCCUUCCUGGCCUCCGUUGUGGACCCCAGAGUUGCUGCUGCUGCUGCCAAAGCUGCUCUAGAGGAGUUCUCCCGGGUACGUGAGGAGGUUCCCCUGGAGCUGGUGGAGGCUCACAUCAAGAAGGUCCAAGAGGCCGCCAAGGCUCUGGGCAAAGUGGAUCCAUCCUUUGGGCUGGAGAGCAGUUGUAUAGCAGGAACGGGUCCCGACGACCCAGAGAAACCCAGUGAACCUACAGAGUCUACAGAGGAGAAGAUGGAAACAGAGACCCCUGAAGCCCCUCAGACAGAGAAGAGUGAAGUAAAGACUGAGAAAGAAAGUGAAACGGAGUCGUGUGAGAAGGCGGAAUCCUCUGCGGAGAAGAAACCUGAGGAGGAGGAGGAGGAGCGGGAGACGACCCCGGAGGAGAAGACGGAGGAAGAGUCUGAGGAAACGAAAGAAAUCGCUGAAACUACAAAAGAACCAGACCCAGCGAAAAAGAAACUGGAGAACGAUAUGAAUGAGAGCAACGUAGCUAUGGCAGCCGCCGCCGCUCUGGCAUCUGCAGCCACCAAAGCCAAGCAUCUGGCGGCCGUGGAGGAACGCAAAAUCAAGUCCCUGGUUGCUCUAUUGGUGGAAACACAGAUGAAGAAACUGGAGAUUAAACUGCGUCACUUUGAGGAACUGGAAACCAUCAUGGACCGGGAGAAGGAAGCGCUGGAACAGCAGCGGCAGCAGCUCCUGACCGAGCGCCAGAACUUCCACAUGGAGCAGCUGAAGUACGCGGAGAUGAGGGCGCGGCAGCAGAUGGAGCAACAACAGCAGCACGGACAGAACGCCCAGCACCCCGCCGGCCCCCCCGCACCUGGAAUGGGUCAUAUACAGCCCCCCACACACCCUGGGAUAAUGGGUCAUCAACAGCCGCAGCAGCAGCCGCCACCACCACAGCAGCCCCCUCCAUAUGCUGUACAUCACCCGAUGCCCCCUGCCCACCCGCCACAGCCAGGUCAGAUUCCCGGACCAAGCGCCAUAUUGUCAGGCCCGCCGAUGCCAGGACGAAUGAUGCCGAACAUGCAUCCAUCCGGACCCCCUCACCCCCCACCUCAGGCAGGACUGCCCCCGAUGCCAACCGGCAUGAUGGGACCACGGCCUCCUAUAGCUCCAAAUGGCAUGUACCCAGCUCCUCCACCUCAGCAGCAACCGGCACCACCGCCCAGCGACGGACCAACCCCGCCCCCCGUAGUACCACCGGCGCCAUCUGCGCCAUAAAAAAUAGGGGGGGGGGGUCACUCAUCCCCAGUCUCUCCAUUCAUAUGAGUGACGUGGAUUUUUUUUUAAAUUUCAUUUAAACAACCGCCUCUACUUGACCAAUGACAGCGCGGCGCCCGAUCACUCAUGUGACUAGUGACGCGCAGUGGCGGCCGGCGCCCGAUCCUCGCUCACUUUCUGUACUAUUUAUUGGACGGCAGCCAUCCCUGUCCUGUUCUUCUAACACUUCCAGAUGAAUUUUGUAUUUUAGAACAUUCAGCCAGGAUUUCGCUUUUUUUUUUUCCCGUAUUUGAGGCGUCUUUCACCUGACGCCCGGGUUUGUUGCAUGUUUAAUGUUCAUUUUAUUUUGUAAUACAAAUUUUUUUUUUCUCACUUUUUUUCUUCUUUUUUUUUGUAAUAAAAACUUUGAUUUAAACGGUGAGCUGUAUGCGCCGGGUCGAGGUGUUUUUUCUUUUUUUUUUAAUGGUACUUUUGUCAGUGCUCUUGUCCACUAGAGGGCAGUCUGCUGAAUAAAUAAAAUGGACGCUCAUUGUAGCUUAUGUUGCGGUUGUUUUUCUCGAUCCAGGUGAUUAUGAGCGGCUCGACCCAAGAAUGGUUUGGGGGGGACAUGACAUAGAUAUAUGCGUGUAUAGAUAUAUAUAUAUAUAUAUAUAUAUAUUUGUCUGCUAGUCUGAAA